AGGACAUAAAUAAUCAAAAGCAAAAUUUAAUUAUUUCGAGUGCUCACUUUUCGUCGGGCCUUCCUCGCGACAGCAACUCUCAGACGAUGUUCGCUGUAUUCCGGUUAAGUUCUCUGCUACUUCUCUGCGGAUUCCUCCUCGCUGUUAAAGCUGAAGAGGAUUCCGUCGGAACAGCGCGUGACUCGUAUUUGGCUGCGUUCAAAGCGACGCACACCUUGAACAAACAUCUGGCGACGGCGAAGUCCUCCAGAGAGGCGACGUUCUUCCCUGAACAGAAUGGAUAUCCUCACCCGGUUUAUAAGCCGCAGGAGGAGUACGGACCUCCGAAGGACGUCUACGGACCGCCAAAGGAUAAUUAUGGACCACCCAAAGAUCUGUACGGACCUCCGAAAGACGUGUACGGACCACCGAAAGACAUCUACGGACCUCCCAAAGAUACGUACGGCCCUCCGCAAGGCUUUGAACCUACACCGGACGUCUACGGACCUCCGAAAGUGACACCCGUCUACGGUCCACCAAGUUACAGUUAUCAACCAGCCCCAGUUUACGGUCCACCGAUGGAUCACAGCUACGGAAUCCCUCACGGUAUGCUCGGAAUUCUCGAUAAAAUCAAAGUGAAAUUAGACCUCUUCACCAUCGGCAAAAUCAUCUUGAAGUUGGUGAUCUUCAAGAAGAUCGUCAGUCUGAUCGCGAUCCUCUGCUUGCUGCUCUUCAUUCCAUCCUUGAAAGAGAAACACCAAGACGACGGAGACGCAGAUGAUGAGAUGAGGAACUUCAGGGAAAACACAAUUGACGAGAGGAUCGAUAACGUUUCGUCCUUCGUCCUGGAAGCCAUAAACUCGUUCAAUGGGAAAUACGAUAAAGAGGACUGCAACACGGUUUACUGUAAAUCGAAGGAGAUGAACAAGUAUUUGGACAGGAAAAUCACCUACAAAAAAUUAUUCCAAAUGUAUCGUAAAGAUGAAUAAGAGAUUUCAUUUAAACUCGCCG